AUGGUCAACCUUACUCUUGGCAACUUGGUGAGAUGCAUUUGUGGAGGACGUCCCCAACAGUGGGAUCAUGCACUUCCUCAAGCUGAGUUUGCAUUUAAUAAUACCGGUCAGAGCUCAACUAGGAAAUUGUCAUUCUCUAUUGUGCAUGUGAAGCCUCCUAGACAUGCAGUUGAUUUGGUGAAACUUUCUAACAUUCCAAAAUAUAGUGCUGCAGUAGGAAAUAUGGCAAAGGAUACUGAAGUUAUACUGGAGGAAGUCAAGCAGAAGUUGGAAGCUACCAAUGAAAAAUUUAAAAGUAUUGUAAAUAAGCAUCGUCGUGAUGCAGAACUCAAAGUUGGCAAUGAGGUGAUGAUUUUUCUGCUAAAGAGUAGUUUCGAAUUGAUCAAUACCAUAAGCUGCAACCACGCAAAUAUGGUCCUUACAAGAUUUUGCAAGGGAUGA